ACUCUAGAUAUCCCACGGGUGCAUUUACUUUAUGUACUUACUUCUCCUCGAGCCACGUUGACUUUCAUCCAAAACUCGUUUCUUCCCAUUACCUUUGCACGGGCUGGCUUUUUCGCUAGUCUGCAGCAAUGGCGAACUAUCACUAUGAUGAGGCAGGUAAUAUGGCAGCUUACUUCCUCAUUUCUGUUCUUGUUAUUAUUCUGCUGCCCGCUACACUCUCGUCACUUUUAAGCGUGUCUUCAAAACACCCAGAGCUUGAUAGUGGAUGCCAGUGCACGCCCUGUUUGCACCGCAGAGCCGACGUGAGGAGAAGUCAGCGUGGCUCUCUGCUCCGACCUAAGUUUACUAGAAAGGCACUAUUAAUCACUGUGGGCUGGGCUGCCGUCGCGUUCCUCUCAUUCAAAGUUGCGCAUGCAGAGCUAGAAAACAAAGUCUACAAUCCAUUCGAGAUCCUUGGCAUCAGCACGGGAGCAACUGAGAAGGAGAUCAAGUCGCAUUUCAAGAAACUUUCAAAAUUAUAUCAUCCCGACAAAGUCAAAGCAAGCAUCAAUCAGACAGUAGAGGACAUUGCCAACCAUUUCGUGGACAUCACCAAGGCAUACAAGUCGUUAACAGACGAGACCAUUCGCCGCAACUGGGAGCUUUUCGGACACCCCGAUGGCCGACAGGAAGUCUCAAUGGGUAUUGCUUUGCCAAAGUGGAUUAUCGAAGGCAAAAACAAUAUCUGGGUCCUCGGUGUAUAUGGCAUCCUCUUCGGCGGUGCACUGCCCACACUUGUGGGUCGCUGGUGGUUCGGUAAUCGCCAAAAAACAAAAGACGGAAUUAAUGUAAAGACAGCCGCAGCAUUCUUCAAGGCGCUCACAGACAAUAGUGGCAUGAAUGAGGUCGUUGGUGCGCUGGGCAAGGCAUAUCGCUGGGAGACCACAUGGGCGGGUAAUGCAGUAGGAUUAGAGGAGCUUGAAAGACAGAUUGAUGAAACGAUGGGCCUCCAAUGGAGGGAGGUGAGGGAUCUCGUGGCUCCUGGUGGAAAGUGUGAAGGGACUGAACAGCGGGCCUUGGUACUGCUGUACGCACACUUCCUAAGGUUAAAGAUCAGCAACGAGGCGCUCAAGCAAGAACAAGCCAAGUUGCUGUUGCAGGCCCCGAUGCUGCUCAAUGCGCUUCUGGGAAUCUCGGCUGCACGGAGUUGGUUGUCUCCCUCCCUGAUGGUGAUGCGUCUGCACGCGUACGUCACGCAGGCUCUUGUCCCUGGAAAACCUGUUGCACAACAAGCUCAAUUACCUGGCUUUGAUGGCGAUGCUGAUGCAUCAGAAGGGAAAGACCUUGCUUCAUUCAUAUCGCGUCUGGAGGACGAGAGUGAUAUUCGAAUAACGGAAGCACGAAAGGCUGUCGAGGGCUGGAGCCGGUUGGAUGUUGUCGAUAUGUCUUUCAAGGUCAUCGGUGAACGCUUGGUCACACCGUCAUCCAUCGUGUUCCUCCUUAUUAAACUGCGUCUUCGCCGGCCACUUCAAAGCGACGCACCCUCAUCUGUUUCCGAAAAAUCUGCCAAGGCCAUUCGGGAGGACAGGGAGAAAGACGACAAAUUCUUGAACAGCCGGAAGGAUGCUGAGGAUGUCGAGGGGACCACACCUGCGUGGGCUCAUGCACCUCACUGGCCAGGGCUGCGCAAGCCAGGCUGGUGGCUCGUCCUUGCUGAUGACAAGUCAAAUAGGAUUGUCGUUCCCCCAAUGAAGAUAUCAGACGUGCCCGCGUCGAGCCCCGGGAAGGAACGCGACUACCGCUCCUACAAAUUACAGUUCCAGGCUCCCCCCAACGUGGGCUUGUUCACUUGGAAGGUGUACCUGAUAAGCGACACGCUCGUGGGGGAGGAGUCGUGCCAGGACAUUUCGCUCAAAAUCGAUGACAUAUCUGCACUCAACGCAGAAGAGCAAACAGCAGAGGAUGAAAUUUCUGAUCCUGAGGAGGAUUCGUUGGCCGGUCAGAUGGCCGCGAUGCGUGGAGGAGCUGUGAAGCGUACAGCAGUGGCCGAGGACAGCGAGGACGAGAGUUCGACUGAUGAGGAGCAGCAGGAUGGUGAUGAUAGUUCGGAUAGCGACUAG